UACCGAAAAGUAAAAAAAAAUCUAAAGCUGUCUCUCAGUUCCACUCCACUUGAGCUCUGUCUCUUUUCACCACUCUCGAGAAUUUGAAAAGUCCGAUGCCGAAGAAGCUUCUCAACCCUUUGGAAGAUCCACCAACCGCGUCUUCAAGCGAAGAUGAAGAAGUUGAGCACUCAUCUAGCGAAGAUGAAGAACAGAUCUCCAACCCUUCCUCUGAAGAAGACGAACCCAAAGAUCCGGCCACUGAAACCCUAAAAACUCCUUCUCCGGCUAAACCCGCCGUUUCUCUAAGUUCCGGAUCUGAGACGGGUUCUGACUCCGAAUCUGAACCAGCAGAGAAGACCGUCGCUGUCACCGCCGCCAAGUCCAAGAAGAAGAAGAGUGAGGUUUCUACUCCGGUUAAGUCAGGGAAGAAGCGAGGGAGUGAAGCGACGACCUCCACCAACACCAAGGAACAUGCAAAACGAGCCAAGAAGGUUUCAGGAGAUGAUGAGAAAAGGAAUGUUGUGCAAGUUGACAAAAAGCCUCGUUUUCAGAGACUUUGGAGUGAAGAAGAUGAGAUCUCUCUGUUACAAGGCAUGAUUGAUUUCAAAGCUGAGAAAGGUACCAGUCCUUAUGAUGACAUGAAUGGGUUCUUUGAUGAAUACAAGAAAUGUAUUAGCUUUAAUGUUAGCAAAACCCAGUUUUCUGACAAGAUUAGGUCUUUGAGGAACAAGUAUAGGGGUAAAGAUAACAAGGGUAACAAAACAUUUUCGAAAUCUCAUGACGAGAAAUGUUUGCGAUUGGCUAACUGUAUUUGGGGAUCUGAUGGUUUGGCUCUUAAUUCUGCUGUUAAGUCUCCUGUGAAAUCGAAGAAGGUUGAUCCUAAGAAGAAGAAGAAGAAGCUGGAGUCAGAGGUUGAAGAUGAAGAUAAGGAAGUGUUGGGAUCUGAUGCAAUGGCUCUUGAAUCUGUUGUUGUUAAGGCUAAUGGGAAUGGUAAGAAGGUGGAGUCUUUGAAACCUGAGGGUGAAAAGGUUGAUCAAGAUAACGAAGUGAUGAUUCUUGAUGGAGAUUCUGAGUCAUCAAAUUUGUUUGAAAACUCUUUCCUGAUUCGCAGUAUCGUCAGUCUCGGUUUGGAUGAGUAUUCUGUGAAGCAGAAGUGGAGCAAGAUGCCGAUAGAGACUAAGAAGAGAAUCGAGGAGAAGCUGAAGAUGGUGAAGGCUAUGGAGUACAAAUUGGUGGUGCAGAAGGCUGACGUUGUGAAGCAAGUAGCCUCUGUGAUUAACGAAGCUGUCUAAGAACAUGCAAUUGGGAUGUACAGGUUUAUCGGUUUUAACCGUGGGGUUUAACGGAGAUCCAAUGCCUCUUUUUGGUAAUCUAUCUUAUGGAGAUGUAAUGCCUCCUUUUGUUAUCUAUCUCUUAUUAGGACUAAUCUUUCUUAUCUACGUUUCUGGUCUUUAGUCUUCUGGAUUCUUAAUCAAGACGAUCAAGUUAUUAUGUAGUUGUCUAAAUAGGCCUUUUGGUCGAUGGUUGUAAUGAGCUAUGACUCUAUAUAACUAAGCUUGCCUCAUGAAAUUAGAUUUAUUAUGCUGCAAAA